AUGAAGAUGUCUGCAGCAGACAGCCAGGAAUCUGGCAGCCCACCACCAAGUCCGACUGAAUCCACGGCAUCAGAAACUGCGCCCACCCUAGUUCACAUAAAACAAGAGAAUAUGGUACCCGGCAUUGAUAGCAGGGAGUAUUAUGGCGCUGACUUUGGUCUACCCGAGACAUACCUUCCACAGAACUAUAGUGACUACGGGCGUUUGUACAGCGACAUGCAAAACCCAGGGUUCCUAGACCACGACUUGAAGAUACCGAACGGAAAGGAUGAAAAGGACGAUACAGAUAACGUACCACCAGAAUUGAUAUAUAAAACUGGCGGUAUUUACGCGCGUUUUAAUGUAACUAGUGGUACGAAGUACGGGCCGUUUAAUGGUAAAUGGGAAACGCAGCCGUUAGAUAGAAGAUACGCGUGGGAGGUUCUUGGUAAAAAUGGUGUUCGUGGCUGGUUGGAUGGGACAGCAGAUAAAUCAAAUUGGCUCAAAUUCGUCCGGUCAUCGAAUUAUUCGCAUGAUGUCAAUGUGCAGCAUCUUCUAUUGGCAGGACAAAUAUGGUACAAAGUAACACGUGACAUCCCAUCAGGCCAGGAACUCCUUCUAGGCCCAAGGACACCUCUGCCUUUGCAAGACGUUUUAUCCGCUGGGGGUCGUGAAGGCUCUAGUGUUAAUUCAUCCAGCGGCUCCCAAGCGCUGACUGAAGACGAGGAGAGAGAAGAUACAGAACCGAGGUGCUCCCACUGCGACGCACCCUUUCCAAAUAUCGACGCACUCGAUCGCCAUCUUAUACAAGCUCACGCCCAGCCAGCAGCGGCAUACCAUUGUGAGCUUUGCAAUCGAGCUUACUGCUCUCGGCCGUUACUUCUGCGUCACCGAGCUCUAACACACACAGACAUACGGAAAUAUCCGUGCGAAAACUGCCCUAAGGUAUUUACCGAUCCUUCCAACCUCCAGCGCCACAUCCGCGCCCAGCACGUCGGUGCGCGCAGCCACGCCUGUCCUGAGUGUGGCAAGACCUUCGCCACUUCGUCAGGCCUCAAGCAGCACACACACAUUCACUCCAGUGUCAAGCCUUUCCAGUGCAAAGUUUGCUUCAAGGCUUACACGCAGUUCUCCAACUUGUGUCGACACAAACGAAUGCACGUCGCCUGUCGAGCCCUGGUGGAGUGCCAGAAAUGUGGCCAAUCAUUUACAUCCUACGCUUCCCUGACUAAACACAAGCGAUUUUGUGACACAGCUACCGGUGGCAACGUAAAUAUGCGAGGACAGCUUUCUCAAGGCCUUCCGCAAAUAUCACCAAUACCCAACGUCAUGAAUACACCAAAUAACACCAAUCCGUUCCCGAUGUAUAGGCCAACAUUGCCACUUCCAUACAAUACAUUUGCUCACUAUCCUGCUUUGUUUUCUGCGGCAGCCGCUGCGUGCCCUCCAGAAUUCUUAAGUCCUCUCCUAUUCAAUGUGCAAGGAGCAAGGCUGGCCAUGGAACAAAACAUGGCCUACAAUGCUAAUUUAGUGGCAAAACAACAGCAAGACGGGCGAAUGUCUGUUAAAAGUGUCGACAGUUCAGCCUCAGUUGAAGAAGUGAAAAGGCAAGAAAAUGAAGUGGAUGUCAUCAAAAAAGAUGAAAAUGAACGAGUAACACCUAAGCCCCAAAAUCCUUUCCUAAAGCACAUAUCACAGUCGGAUGAAAUCUCCAAGCAUUCAUCCAUGUCCUCAUCAUCAUCCUUGGCCCCGUUUAACUUCUCCAGAGAUAAUAUUAAAAGCCCAAAUAAUUUGUCGCUAAAAAUUAACAAUAUUGACAUAAUGGAAACCAGGUCAUCUUCGCCGUCACCUACUGACUUAUCAAAAUCGAUAAAAGGAACUGACAAGAAAGCAGAUUAUUUUGAGGAAGAGGAAGACACCAAAAAAGAUCAAAACGACCAACCCUUAGAUUUAUCAAUAACUAGAAAAAGCGUAAAAUAUUCUGAACAGGAAAAUGAUGAUCGCUCCUUUCGUAACUCAUCUAUCAAAUCAUAUUCCCCAGCAGAAAGUCCUCUUGAAAGAGACACUAAGACUCCUGAAAAUGAUACCACUGAUGUAGACGUAGAAGCAGUAGAACCCAAACGAGAAGAGUCUCCCCAAAUAAUCUCUCCCUCUCUGGCGUUUCCGAUGCCCGUUCACCCACAACACAAUACCAGUCUCAUGGACAUGUACCGACCUAGAUUUCCUACCUUUCAGCCAUCCGAGUCGAUCCUGAAUUCACACUCACCUUAUGUUCCGAGUCCAUUUAAUUUUUUAUCCCCACUUCUCGGUACUGAUGGCCCAGAAAGGCAGUCAAAUUACGCAAAGUUUCGAGAGCUAAGUGCCGGAUCUGGUAAGCUACGCGACCGCUACGCCUGCAAAUUCUGCGGUAAAGUAUUCCCUCGAAGUGCAAAUCUCACUCGUCAUCUACGAACACACACAGGGGAGCAGCCGUACAAGUGUAAAUACUGCGAGAGGUCGUUCUCCAUUUCAUCGAAUUUGCAGAGGCACGUCCGAAACAUACACAACAAGGAGCGCCCGUUCAGAUGUCCACUUUGUGACCGGUGCUUUGGCCAGCAAACCAACUUGGAUAGGCAUUUGAAGAAGCACGAAGCUGAGGGCGGUGAUUCCCCUAGUUCAGCAGAUACGGAGCAAGACGCUUGCUUUGAUGAUAUCAGGUCGUUUAUGGGUAAAGUGACCUGUUCCCCUGGGGCGAGGUCAACAGCUGAUUCGCCGCACACACCACACUCUUCUCACCCGUCCCAUGCUUCGCGUCCUCCUCUUGCGAUAUCCACCUAG